AAUUCCAUCCCAAGGAGCGUACGCGCUUAUUUCUCUCUUUCUCGCAGAUUUUAUAGAACGCUCCCUACAUUUUUUGGACCAAGAUUUUCCCCAAAUCUACAAAUUAGAGAAGGAACUGCGAACCAAUUUGACUGUUUUCAAUUCCUCUUCUUCGAGAUCUACGUUUUCGUCCUUCUUGCAUUGGAGAAUAUUAUAUCUGAAGAUUUGGGGCAUCCACUUCCAAUGGGUUCUUGUACUGGGGUGACUCAUCCUGCGGUUAGCAAUGGAGAUGUGGAGCAGCCAUUCAAGAUCUUUGUGGGCUACGAUGUUCGUGAAGAUCUUGCUUAUGAGGUGUGUCGCCAUUCCAUCUUGAAGCGAUCUUCAAUCCCUGUUGAGAUCAUUCCAAUCAAGCAGUCAGAUCUGAGAAAGAAGGGUGUCUAUUGGCGUGAGAGAGGACAAUUUGAGAGCACCGAGUUCUCGUUCUCUCGGUUCUUAACCCCGUACCUGGCGAAUUACAAAGGAUGGGCAAUGUUUGUCGACUGUGAUUUUUUGUACCUAGCAGACAUUAAGGAACUGAGAGACUUGGUUGACAAUAAGUAUGCAGUUAUGUGUGUGCACCAUGAUUACACACCAAAAGAAACUACAAAAAUGGAUGGUGCAGUGCAAACUGUGUACCCAAGGAAGAACUGGUCUUCCAUGGUUUUGUACAACUGUGGGCACUCAAAGAACAAAGUCUUGACACCUGAGAUUGUGAACACCCAAACUGGUGCUUUUCUUCACAGGUUCCAAUGGCUUGAGGAUGAUGAAAUUGGGUCAGUCCCAUUUGUUUGGAACUUCCUUGAGGGCCAUAACAAGAGUGUAGAGGGUGAUCUCACCACUCUCCCAAAAGCAAUCCAUUACACUCGCGGUGGGCCAUGGUUCGAAGCUUGGAAGAACUGUGAAUUUGCAGAUCUCUGGCUGAAAGAGAAGGAGGAGUAUCUGAUGAAUGAGGCUAAGAAGAAAUCUGAAGAAUAGAUGAUGAUAUGCAGCAGCAGGCCAUGAAAGUAAGCUCCAGAGGGUUAAAUGGUGGAAUUGAAAUUCUUUUCAUUUUUGCUUAAUAUUCUUUAGGUUGGUUUUGUAGAUUCCAUUUUGGAAUAUCAAAUUGUGUGGAGUCCUGGAAAAUGGUGAUUUGUAGUGUGUAUUUGUAGUAGUUCAUUCCCGGUAUUGCAGGGAUACGUGGUUCAUUUACUAUUUUGUUAUUGUUUCGUAGUUCAAGUGGUCAGACAUUAGUAGUAUCUUUCUAAAUCCGGAGGUUGUAAUCUCCCUCAUUUGUAAUGUAAUAUCCUCGAGUAAAAAAAACUAUGUUAUGAAUGUACAAUUGUAACUUGUAAUUAAGUUCUCAAUAUUCAUUUGUUUAACUA